AUGCCAAACGACAGCCUGGUGCUGAGCAGCUUGGACAGCAUUUACAUCGGCACCGAGUGCUUGGUCGCUUUGUUUGCCACUUUGGGUAACGUCCUGGUCAUCUGGGUGGUGAAGCUGAACUCGACAUUUCAGAACACGACCCUGUACUUCAUCGUUUCCCUGGCGCUGGCUGAUAUCGCGGUGGGGAUGCUCGUCGUGCCCCUGGCCAUCGUGGUGAGUCUGGGCAUCAGCGUCCCCUUCUACACCUGCCUAUUUCUGUGCUGCCUGAUGGUGAUUUUCAGUAUCGCGUCCAUCCUCUCCCUCCUGGCCAUCGCCAUCGACCGCUACCUGCGAGUGAAGCUGCCAACCAGAUAUAAAAUAAUUGCUACAGAGAGAAGAGUUUGGUGGGCACUGGCUUUGUGCUGGUCUUUGUCCCUGACAGCAGGAUUAGUCCCCAUGUUUGGAUGGAACAAGACAGAACCGAGACACUCUGACUUUCUCCGGUGUCGAUUCACCUCUGUGAUGACGAUGGAUUACAUGGUAUAUUUUUUCUUCUUCGUAUGGAUGCUUAUCCCCCUGCUCAUCAUGUGUGCUCUGUACGUUGAAAUCUUCCACAUCAUCCGGACAAAGCUCAGACAAGGUACAACCAGCAUGAAGGGGGCAGGAGCUUUUUAUGGACAGGAGUUCAAGACAGCCAAAUCUCUAGCACUUGUUCUCUUCCUGUUUGCAAUAUCCUGGUUGCCUCUGUGCAUUCUAAACUGCGUUUCCUAUUUUUGCCCUGAAUGUCAGAUCCCCCCGUAUUUGAUGUACUUGGGAAUCCUGUUAUCCCAUGCCAAUUCUGCCAUGAACCCCAUUGUCUACGCCUGCAAGAUAAAGAAGUUCAAAAAGACGUACCUUUUAAUUUUAAGGACCUAUAUCCUGUGCAAAAAACCAGACCCAGUUCUUACAGAGCAAACAACAGACCAACAGUCAUAA